AUGCCUUCCAUGGAUGAUUUAGUUUUCAAUCUCAAAUUUACAUCAAAACAAUUCCAACGAGCAAGUAAGAAAUCGGAAAAGGAAGAAAAGAAGGAAAAAGACAAGGUGAAAAUGGCCAUGGAAAAGGGCAAUUUAGAAGGAGCUCGUAUUCACGCACAAACUGCUAUCCGUAAAAAGAAUGAAGCCAUUAACUUUUUGAGACUUUCUUCAAGAAUUGAUGCUGUUGCUUCAAGACUUGACACUGCGAUCAAGAUGAAUCGAGUUACAAGUACAAUGGGAGGAAUUGUGAAAGGAAUGGAUAAAGUAUUGGGUGCCAUGGAUGCAAGCAAAAUUGGAGCAAUUUUGGAUAAAUUUGAACAACAAUUUGAAGAUCUCGAUGUCACUUCCGAAUAUAUGCAAACUUCCAUGCAACAAACGACAGCACUUUCAACACCUGAAGAUGAAGUGAAUCAAUUAAUGGCAGAAGUUGCUGAUGAACAUGGUUUGAACGUUUCCGAAAAGUUGGGUAAUGUCAAAACAAACAAGGAUGAUAUUACGAGUGUGCAAGUCGAUGAACUUUCAGAACGAUUGGCCAAGCUUAAAUCUCAAAAGUUGUAG